AUGCAUUUGAUCUCCGAAAUGGAUAGGUUUGGCCUUCGUCCUGUGUCAAACAGCAAAGAGCUUCCUAUAGACAAGAAGCCAGACUGGGACUGGCAGCGUGCCUGGACAGAGGGCAAAAAUAGACCCGAAGAUUGGACUGAUGAUGAGCAGGUGCUGAGAGAUAUCCCUGCGUAUGUUCUGGAAUAUGCGCCAUUGGUCCACCUCUAUUCUGGGGAACAGUUCUGGCCCUGCGACAUUGCGGAGCAUCUCUACCACAUUACCCCAGCUCUGAACUACACACCCCUUGAGUCAACCAAAGAGCCCCCGACCCUGCAAAAUCUGGACAAGUUAAAUGAAUGGGAUGAUGGCCACUGGGUGUUCCUCACCAGCAAUGAUAACGUCGAAGAACGGCCAGACUGGUUAGAGGGCGAGAAAAAUAUUCCUACGAUGCCGACCGAUGUGGACAGUGGGUACGACGACGAUGAAGGUUGGGUCCACAAGCCGGGCCGGACAUACAUCCAGGGACUCAAGGAUGCUAUGGCUGACUUGAAAGAGUGGUUUGCCCCUGACGCGGAAGAUGUCGAAGAGCGUAAUGACUUUCACCAGUCGCGUUAUGGCCAAGCCGACGAGGACAAAACUUCACGCCGGAUACAUCUCGAACUGAGACGCUCAAGCGGUGAGGAGCGUGCGCCGCCAAGUUUUCGAGGCGGCCGAAGUGAUGCUCCUGCAGUCCUGAUUACAGUCAACAAGGGCCACGGGAUUGUGGAUGCAUUUUGGUUCUUUUUCUAUAGUUUCAACCUGGGUAACGUGGUGCUCAACGUCAGAUUCGGAAACCAUGUGGGAGACUGGGAACACACUGCCAUUCGAUUCCAUCAUGGGAAACCAAAAGCUGUCUUCUUCAGUGAGCACAACUUCGGAUCCGCCUAUAGUUACGAAGCGGUGGAGAAAAUUGGGAAAAGGCCUGUCAUCUACUCGGCAUACGGCACUCACGCCAUGUACGCUACCCCUGGGACGCAUCCCUACGUCUUACCUUGGGGAAUCCUCCAUGAUCAGACAGAUCGUGGCCCGCUCUGGGACCCGGCUUUGAAUUCCCAUGCUUAUACGUACGAUUUCAAGGCGGACGUCCUGCGAUCCUCCAAUAUCACCCCCAGGGCGCCAACCGAAUGGUUCGAUUUCGCCGGCCAUUGGGGGGAUAAAUUUUAUCCGCUCAAAGAUCGGCGACAAUAUCGAUUCGCGGGGCAAUAUCACUAUGUCAAUGGACCUAUGGGUCCCAAGUUCAAGAACCUCGGACGGAAGAAGGUCUGCCCGGGCCCGGAAACCGCUCCCUGUGUGAUCAAGAACUGGCUGUCGAGUGGCGACAAGAUUGGGCGUCUACAUCUUUCGAACGAGAAUGGAGAAGAUGAUGUUUGA